AUUGGCCAAUCCGAAAUCCGAUCCCAAAAAGCGGCAAAAAAGCAUGCCACCAAAACGCGCCUUUGUGACGCUGCAGGAGCGCUUUGUCAGCUCCUUGGCGGUGGCUUGUUGCCCCACCAUGGACUUAGUUGCCGUGCUGACACUCGACCAUCAUCUUCUCGUUCAUGUGCGAGUUUAUCGGCCUCUACUUCAUUUAUUUUUCAUUUGAUCCACGAACUAAUUGUAACUUUCCUACUUAUUAAAUAGCGAACAACGUCAUGGCAGAAACUGUUGCACGUCAAACCAUCGGACGUCGGCUUCGAGAUGAUGACGCUAGCCUGGAAACCAGACGGUCUCCAGCUCGCAGUUGGCUGUGACGAAGGAGAUGUAGCAAUUUUCGAGAUCGAAUCGGGAGAAAUUUUACCCGGAAGACAAAGCAAUUUUCGUCAUGAAAAUUGCAUCACCGCGAUGCACUGGGCACAGAUCAGUGAGGCGGAGCUUUCGAUCUCUUGUACUAACAGCAAAAGACGACAUCAAAAGGCUAUCGAGGCAUCUGGUGACGUUUGGAAAGCUCCAGCUUUGAUAUCCCAGUCGAAACUACAGUUCCGCCAUCGAUCAUCGAGAUUUCUGAAAGGUUUUACGCAAGAUCAUGCUAUAGAUGAUACUGUGCUGGUCACUGCGGACGAGCGAGGAUAUAUCGCACUGUGGUGGAUGGGAAGAGUACUGUUGACGCGUAUUGAUGUGAGCAAACAUUUUGCUGAGGAAGAGUUUAAGAUUAUGGAGUCUAUGAAUCAUCAGCGGGAUGAUAUCAAUUGCUUCCGGAUUGAGCGAGCAGAUCUUUCGCCGGAUUUGUCGCUUCUGUUCGUUCUGCUUGCUUUCUCGAGUAAAAGGAGUAGCCAGAAUGCUGGUAAAGAAGGUCAGGGAGAAACGAAGUUGCACCGGAUAGUGGCAUUGGAUAUGACAAGUAUUCAGUACAUCCAUGAGGAUGUGGCUCUAGUGGCGAAUACUAUAGAUCGAGUGCACAAGAUACUCAAUCAGAUUGCUACUACUAGCAGACAAAUGACGACGGAAUGGAAAAAUGCUACGCGUAUUUUUGAACUGAAGAUGGGACUCAUCGGGUCACUUUACGAAAAAUAUGCCUGCGAAGAUCCGCCGCAGGUAGACAUGCUGUCGGUGGUUGUGACGGGUAUUACUGCGCCUGCGUUGGCUCAGUAUUUUGCUCAAGAUAUCCAAGAAAUGAGCGUACAUCGCAUGCAGAAGGCGUUAUUCAGUGGGUGCGAGACGCUUAGAAAGCUCGUUGACGAAAAGUUGAAGCGUGACUUGGUCGACCUGUUGUUUCUCGUGUCGGAGUUACGUGGUCAUGUCAAAUGGAACCCACAGACUUAUGCAAUAACAAUGGGGAUCACUGUGGAUGCCCUUGAUGAGCUUGUCAAAACAGCACAAGAUACUCUCAUGGAAGUGGAGUCACUUACGUUGGCGCUACACGAGACUCGCCAAGAUUUCGCGUUAUUUUUCCAGUGGAUUCUUGAACGCAUCCGUAUUCAUUCGGACUCUCCUCAAUCUGGAGGAGCAAAUGCGUCUGCUCGAGACGCUGGUAGCGCUGUACACGGCACAAAAUCGCUUCUGAACUUGCGAAGACUUUGCGAUUUCUUACAUCAAGCUGCAGAAGUUGCUAAACAGUUCAAAAAGCAGCAACCAGAUCACAAUGCUUACAAAGUCGAGACUAGUUUUGGGAAUCCAGUGUCGCUCCAGCUAUCUACGCGGCCAGAACUAUUGAGUGAUGGCACUGAGAAAGGAACGGUAGGAUGCCUUACCCUCAUUAAAAGUCUUCAAGAACAGUGGUCGACUAUACUGGAUGCGAUAGGUGGAACUCUCGCACAGUCCGUUCUUCGUGAAGAGAGUGGGUGCUUUACUGUCGGCAGUAUCGUGGAGGAGUGCCAUGUUCGCUUUCGACUGCCUUUUUUCUCGAAUAGAUCAGAUGAUGUCGAUGAUAUUGACGGCGAGAGUGAAGAUGAGGAAAAUGAUGACGCUGUUGAUUGGGACGCUUUAAAACAUUAUGGACCAGUUCAAGAUGGUCUUGACAAUUGCAGCAUGACACUGCUUGGAUUUCGAUUACAAUCGGGUGUUUUAUUACUGCUGCGAGCCUUUCAAGAUGGGGAAACUUCACAGCUACGACGUGAUCACCCUUCUCGCUUGCAAUGGGAGGCCGCAACUGUGAGGUUCUCACAUGGAUCUUCGUCGAGUCCACUCAUCUGUCAGUGUUUUGACUUUUACGGCGAUGCACCAACGAACAAGACAGAACGGCUUGCAUUCGUACUGGAUUGUGUUGGAGAGGGCCAAGUACACCAAGGUACACGUUGUCUGAUCACAGGAAUUGACAGUGUUGUUGAUGAGUUAUUACAAGACUGACGAUUUUCUGCUAUUGAUUUGAUACAGAAUGGCUAUAUCUCCAGCAGUACGAUAACAUUGAGUUCUCACGCUGUACUCCUGCCACUUCACUUGAGGUAAAAUGCUAUCGUUUUGUUCUGACGUACACAACGAGGGGUGUACUGAUUAAGGACGAUGUUUUGUUGUCUCCAGGCGGUUAUAGCUCAUGGACCGAGCCACACGUUUCGACUUGCUCAACUUCAAGGCAGAAUGGUUGCUUCGUUACCUGCUACUGUGCACUCCAACAAAAACGCAACUUCCGUCAUUGCGACUGCUUCUCGAGGGGUUUUGUGCAUCAUUAUACCACCCAGCCGCUUGACUGUCUACGAUGCAGAAGACAGCGAAGACGAGGAGAGAGAUGAUGAAGACGAUUAGUUUGAAACACUUUGGGAUUUCUGCUCACGUUAAUCAGCGCACCUCAGUUUGUCACUGUCGGUUUCUGGGUUCGGCCUGACACAGUACGUUGGAUGUCGAACCCUUCACCACUUAAUAGCUCGUCAACAAGUGCCGUCACGUCAUUUUUGCGCAUGGAUAAGUAUCUUUCCGAAGGUCGGCGCUGAUUUCUGCCGAUAUCUCGCAUCGAUACACUUGACCUGUGAGCACUAUGAAAGGACCGCAUAUUAGCAGCCCCAUCAGGUCGCAGUCGAAUUGGGGGCGUAUGGUCAGCUCCUGAAGGGUGCACCGUCGACAACGACGUGGCACUAUUCGGACGUCGCGGAGUGAGAGUAGCUGGAACGAACAUCGCGCCGGUCGUAUUUAUUUCGCUUGAUAGCGGUUCCAUCGGCUCCACUAGACCUGGCAACAGAGUAGGACGUUUUUUUUGCGGAGCUGUGCCUGAACGUCGUGCUACUUUUGGUACCCGUUCAUCGGUGGUAUGCUCCAAAGGUUGGACAGUUGUUUCUUCGUCCUGUCCAUCGGAGCGACUCGUACUCGCACCGGAACCAGGUUCAGUCUGAGCAGCUAACGCCGCUGCGGCCGCAGCGUUGGCUAUAUCCCCAAAGGAAUACCCAAUCGGCGCGGCAAACGAUGAAUACUUUCGUUUAGGCAUGACAGCCCCACUUACACUUGCUCGGAUAGAGUCGUAGUCGCCUCCGCGACGAGCGAUAUUUAUCUCAGCCACCCGGUCUCGAUCCGAGGGUGUGAGACUGAUAGCGUCAUUAUUUUGCCAUCCAGGGACUAUUUUCUGCUGUCGUGUGAUUGACUGAACAAUCAAUGACCGGAUUUCGUCCAUAACUCGCGGAUAUUGGGUCUCAAACUCGUCCAAACACUCUCGUGAUAGUAAAUAAGUCCCUGUAGCUCGCAUUGCGAAUAAAUUGUACCGUGCCACAGUUUCCGUCAAAGUUUCCUUGUAUCCGAAAAAUUCUCCUUCAAAAAUCUUGGCAAUCGUAC